CGAAGGCAUGGAGGAGGUCUCACGGAAACUUUAGGCUCCACACUUUUCUUUAGUUAUACACGGAGGAAAACAACCAAAGAACGCUGAGAAUUGUGAAUCUUUUUCUAGAGAAGAGUCUUACCUCGCGACUUGGGAGUUCGAUCGAUUUCGGGAUUUAUCGCCGUGUUUUGGAAAAGGUCGUGUUUUUGGGGAACAAGAGUUGGAAUUUUUACCGUGUCGAAAAUGUCUCCGCCAGCGCGGCCGCUGAGGGCUGGGAAGUAUGUAGUUGUUUGCCUCUUAAUAUGGCGAGUGGAACUAAUACUGGGAAACGAAGAAAAAUCACAGUCGUGCCCUUCUCCCUGCACAUGUAUAGAUACUUUGUUGGACUGCGCUCGGCACAAAUUGGGGAAAGUUCCUGAUAAUCUACCGCUUUGGAUCGAACAGUUGGACCUGAGCCACAACAAGCUGCAAUCACUUGACAGCUCUUUGCUUUGGAAACUGCAGCACCUACGUGAAAUAAAGCUAAACAACAAUGAGCUGGAAUCCAUUCCUGACCUGGGACCUGUAGCUGGGAACGUCACCACGCUGUUUCUAGCAAACAACAAGAUCAGCCGAGUGUCUGCGGAACACCUGAGGGCCAUGGUCUCCUUGGAAACGCUGGACCUUAGUAACAACAACCUUGCGGAGCUACGCAACGGAUCGCUACCACCCCUGCCCAUCAAGAACCUGUACCUCAACAACAAUCGGAUAUCCUUGUUGGAUCAGGGAUGUUUCGGAAACCUGUCCAAAACGCUCCAAGUUCUCCGACUCAAUCGCAACAAACUCUCGAACAUUCCCGGAAAAUCCUUUCAGCUUCCCAGCCUGCAGCAUCUCGAUCUGAGCCGGAACCGGGUGCGGCGCAUCGAGGGCCUGACGUUCCACGGGUUGGUUGGACUGAGGUCGCUACGGAUGCAGCGGAAUGGCAUCACGCGCCUCAUGGAUGGAGCAUUCUGGGGCCUUAGCAACAUGGAAGUCCUGCAGCUCGAGUACAACAACCUGACGGAGGUGAGCAAGGGCUGGCUGUACGGGCUGCUGACCCUCCAGCAGCUGCACCUGGCCCACAACACACUGAACCGCAUCAAGCCAGACGCAUGGGAGUUCUGCCAACGCCUCAACGAGCUCGAUCUGAGUUUCAACCACCUUACGCGCCUGGAGGAGUCCAGCUUCUCCGGCCUGAGUGAACUCGACCAGCUCCACAUCGGGAAUAACCAGCUCAGCUUUGUCGCCGACGGGGCAUUCCGAGGCCUGUCUCGCCUCCAGACCCUGGAUCUGAAAAACAAUGAGAUUUCCUGGACAAUCGAGGACAUGAACGGGCCUUUCCGUGCCCUGGACAAGCUGAAGAAACUCUUUCUCCAGGGAAACCGCAUCCGCUCCGUUACCAAGAGCUCCUUCUCUGGACUAAAAAUGCUCGAGCACCUCGACUUGAGUAACAACGCCAUCAUGUCCAUCCAGGUCAAUGCUUUCUCUGACAUGAAACUGCUGACUGAGCUGCACCUGAACACGUCGAGCCUGCUGUGCGACUGCCAGCUGAAGUGGUUUCCUCAGUGGGUGGCCGAGCACUCCUUCCUGCCGCUGGUCAACGCCAGCUGUGCCCACCCGCAGAUGCUCAAGGCCCGCACCGUCUUCAGUGUCAACCCCGACCAGUUCGUCUGCGAUGACUUCCCGAAGCCUCAGAUCACGGUGCAGCCCGAGACCCAGUCGGCCAUCAAGGGCACGAACGUGACCUUCGUCUGCUCGGCGGCCAGCUCCAGCGACUCGCCCAUGACCUUCGCCUGGAAGAAGGACAACGAGAACCUGAACGAGGCGGAGAUCGUCAACCAGGCGCACGUGCGGGCGCAGGGUGGAGACGUGACGGAGUACACUACCACGCUGCAGCUGCACCACGUCCAGUUCGACAGCGAGGGGAAGUACCAGUGCGUCAUCUCCAACCACUUCGGAUCGUCGUACUCCAACAAAGCUCGCCUCACCGUCAACAUGCUGCCCUCCUUCACCAAGAUGCCCAUGGACCUGACCAUCCGCGCCGGCGCCACUGCCCGUCUGGAGUGUGCCGCGGGGGGCCACCCCUCACCCCAGAUCGCCUGGCAGAAGGACGGGGGCACAGACUUCCCGGCCGCCCGCGAGCGAAGGAUGCACGUGAUGCCCGAGGAUGACGUGUUCUUCAUCGUGGACGUCAAGACGGAGGAUAUCGGGGUGUACAGCUGCACGGCACAGAACACAGCUGGAGCCAUAUCCGCAAACGCCACCCUCACUGUACUAGAAACGCCCUCGUUCCUGCGCCCGCUGACCGACCGCACCGUGGCCAAGGGCGAGACGGCCGUGCUCCAGUGCAUCGCCGGGGGCAGCCCGCCUCCGCGCCUCAACUGGACCAAGGACGACAGCCCGCUGGCCGUCACCGAGCGCCACUUCUUCGCCGCCGGCAACCAGCUGCUCAUCAUCGUGGACGCGGCCGAGGGCGACGCGGGCAAGUACACCUGCGAGAUGUCCAACCCGCUGGGCACGGAGCGGGGCAACCUGCGGCUGGUGGUGCUGCCCAACCCCAACUGCCCGCAGCCCGUGCCCACGGCGGGCAGCCUGGACGAGGACGGCUGGACCACGGUGGGCAUCGUCAUCAUCGCCGUGGUGUGCUGCGUGGUGGGCACCUCGCUGGUGUGGGUGGUGAUCAUCUACCACACGCGCCGGCGCAACGAGGACUGCAGCGUCACCAACACAGACGAGACGAACCUUCCAGCCGACAUUCCCAGCUAUCUGUCGUCUCAGGGCACGUUGGCGGACCGUCAAGACGGCUAUGUGCCCUCGGAGAGCAGCAGCAACCACCAGUUCAUGGCCCCCUCCAUGGGUGGAUUCUACAUGCAGCCCAAAGACAUGAAUGGUCUGUGCCAGUUGGACACAGGAAGUGAGGCGGACAUGGAGGCGGCCAUUGACCCUCUGCUGUGCCACUACCAGGGCCCCAUUGGCUCCCUCAUCAAGCAAGGCAACCUGUACGGACCAGACCCCACCGACUACCUAGGCUGUGGUCUGGACCAGCGGCCCAUGUGCAUCGACUCCUACAGCGGCAGCCUGAGCAGCUCCAAAAAGAGGGACUACUUCCCCUGCCCGUCCUCCAUGCCCGACCCCUACGACCACAUGGCCUCCAGCGUACUGGUGCAGUUACCCGCCAGCGCCGUGCAGGGGGCGCUACACCCGACUACUGACCCUACCAACGCCAGCGGUGCGCCUCCUCCCCUCAUGGUCGUUCCGGACUGUGGGGACUACAGCCGGCCGCGGCCAGCCUCCAGUGGCUUCAUGGGCACAUUUGGGAAAGCCCCCUGGAGAGCCCCUUCACAAGUGUACCCAGGCUUCACAUCCACUGGUGUGACCCAGAACGGGGUCACGCUCCACGAGAACCCUUACGCCGCACUGGACGCAGACUCGGGCCACGAAGACGAGAAGGAUCCAGCGCUGCGGUAUCAUCAAGAUCCCAAACAGGAUUUGGGACACGGCAUCUACGAACAGCCAAUAGACAUCAGCCGAACAGAAGUACAGUACCAGGGACCAACGCAAUCUAGCACGUAGCAAACAUGCUAAUUGUUGCUAGCAAUGAACUCUUGUUUUUUGUUUUGUUUAUGAUGGGACAUUUUUAUUGUUUUUUUAUUAUUUGAAUUGUGACAAGAGAGGGGAAAGAUGACCAAAAAAGACAGACGUGCUACCUCAGUAUGGACACUAACAUUGUACGGACCCUUUUUUGUCUUUGUGAAAAGGAUGAAUGGGCGAUGACAUUUUAUUUCAUUUUACGGACCUAGUUUUGGUUCAGCUUUGUGAAAGGAGGAGUCGACGAUUUAUGCACGGAUCUUUUUCGUCUUUAUGAAAAGGAUAAAAUGGACCAUUACAUGUAUGGACCUUUUGUUUGUGAAAGGAUGAAUGUAAACUGUUGUUACGAAACCAUUCAAAGGAAAUGCAGACCCUUUUGGGGGGUACAGUAAUAAAAAAGUCUUUUUUACUUUUUGGGAAUUUACUUCAAUACAAGAUAUUGAAAUAUAUAUAAAUAUAUUAAAAUAUACAUUUUUAUACAAAAGUCUAAGUAUAUUUUGUAAAUAAAUAGUGUACAUACCAUUAUUUUUGCGUACUUUUUGUUCUACACCCUGAAAAUGUAAAGUAAAAAAUGUUUUUGCGACCAAGUGUAUCCAGUUAGCCAUGCUUAAGCUAUUCGCUGAGUUAAGCACCCUUUUUUGCACAUACCCAUAACCUAAUAAAAACACCGUACCAUGUGCUGCUACGUACAUCCA